AUGACUGAGAGAAAUCGCACAGAAGAAGAUGUGUGCAGUACUGAAGGAAGAUUGCCAAUAAGCGAGAAGUUAGCUUUUGUAAAAGCAUCAAAAUUGUAUAAAGAAGUCAAGCCAAAUCAAUUACCUAUUGUCUACCAUCCUCUUUACAAUAUAUCAUUUUGUGGAAUCGAACGAUGUCAUCCAUUUGAUUCGCGUAAGUGGGGUCGUGUUUACGAAAAAUUGCUCCAAUCGGGAAUGAUUGAAGAAGGACAAACGAUAAUGCCAUCUGAAGCAAGUUCAUAUGAUCUUCGAGUUGUGCAUUCUUCGCUUUAUUUAUCGUCACUGAAUUGCCCAUGCAAAGUUGCAAAGAUGGUUGAGGUUGCGCCAGUUGCAUUAAUCCCACCGUGUAUUAUCAACAAAGUCCUUCUGAAGCCAUUUCGAUAUCAUACUGGCGGUACAGUUUUGGCUGCAAAGCUUGCACUGACAUUUGGUUGGGCUAUAAAUAUUGGCGGUGGUUUUCAUCAUGCAAGUUCCUCAGAAGGCGGUGGCUUCUGCAUUUAUGCUGAUAUCAGCUUGGCAUUAACAUUUUUAUUUAUCAGUCAAAUGAUCAAAAAAGCAAUGAUUGUCGAUUUAGAUGCCCAUCAGGGCAAUGGUCAUGAAAACGAUUUCAUUGAUGAUCAGCGGGUUUAUAUAUUGGAUAUGUUUAAUAAUCGCAUUUAUCCCAAUGAUUUGAAAGCAAGAAGUGCUAUUAGAAGACCUAUUCAUCUCCGUGUAGGUACUCAAGAUUCAGAAUAUCUCUCUUUACUUGUAAAUAACCUUGAAGAGGUUCUUAAUGAAUUUCGACCUGAUAUAAUUGUAUAUAAUGCGGGUACUGAUUGUCUUCGAGGUGAUCCACUAGGUUUAUUGUCGAUAUCUCCAAAGGGAAUUCGCAAACGUGAUGAGAUUGUUUUCAAAAAGGCUCGUGAAAGACAUAUUCCAAUUGUUAUGUUACUAAGUGGUGGAUAUAUGCCGGAUACACAUGAAGUCAUUGCUAAAUCAAUAAUUAACUUGCAUGAUAAAAACUUAUUACGAGUGUGUGAAAAUUCUCUGAAUCCAUAA